AUGGCCAUCACGCUGCAGACAGUGCUUCCGAGCAAAGUGCUGCCGCGUGCGCCCAGUCCGAACUCGGCGUCGCCCAACCCAGGCGUACGCUCGUCCAUCACGCAGUUCAUCCCAGCCUCGCCCGACGCCUCGCUCGACCGGGAUGCGUUUGCCACCUCGAGCGCCGGUCCGAAUGCACUCGACGCUCCAUUCACCCCUGGGGGCAGUCAGUAUGCUCAUACACGCAGUCGCGGUCUCAGCACGAGCUCGAACGCUCAGAGCGUAUACAGCGCUGAUAGUGGCACAGCUGGGCUGAAGAGUCCCAUGUCACCGAUCGCGCUCGGGCGCAAGUCGAUGUCCGCCGGCGCAGGGUCGCGCAGGGGCAUUGCGCACAGCAUCCGCGUGCUCGGCGUGGAUCGCGUUGCGGACGUAUUCGACAUGGCCCCGCUCAGCAGCGGUCAGGUCGAUGUCUCUUUCGAAGCGACGCUGCGAGCACAGCCACCAAGCGGCAAGGGAAAGAACCGCGCUCGUGAUCCUCUCGACGACACCGAAGCACAGGCGCUGUUUGAUGUCGACCUCGAGUCCGGUCAGCCUGCGUUGAACCAGUCGCGAGCGACUAGAUUGUUGCAGCUCGGAGCGCAGUCGAUGCCAUGGAGCAAGUCGCGAGCACGGACGUCGACCGAUGCAACCCCACCCGCUGUGCCGUCGUCUCUACCCCGUUCGCUCGACAUUCCGCGCGAACAUGGUGGCCUAUCGGACGAUGAAGACAAGCAAGAAGGCGGGAUCGAGGACGAGGAAGGUGGGGACGAUGAUCGGCAGCAUCUGCUGUACAGUGGAGGCGAGACAGACCGGCCGGGCUUCUUUGCACCGGGAGACCGAAGUUUCGGCUACCACACGCUCGGGGCUGCACCCGGCGGUUACGGUGGCAGGGUGGGGUUCGAGCCGCUGCUGUGGAGGGAGCGCAUCUGGAUGAUUAUCAGUGCGUGCCUUGUUGCGGUGGUCGUGGUCGUGGCCAUCUUGAUCAGCAUCGAUGUGAUUGAUUGGCCGGGCGACGGGAUCGGAAACAACUAA